UCGGGACUCUGCGGAGUGGACCGGAGUGAACACAACUUCCGGCCCCACUGAGCGGUGUCCUGAGCCUAUUCCUCCAGCUCGGUAGUAGAGGUCCGCUGCCUACCUUGGUGCAGGAGACAGCUGGAGUCGCUGGGGGAGCUCCGCGCCGCCGGACGCCUGUGACCAUGUGGAGGCUGCUGGCUCGCGCUAGUGCGCCGCUCCUGCGGGUGCCCUUGUCAGAUUCUUGGGCACCCCUCCCCGCCAGUGCUGGCCUAAAGACACUGCUCCCAGUACCAAGUUUUGAAGAUGUUUCCAUUCCUGAAAAACCCAAGCUUAGAUUUAUUGAAAGGGUACCACUUGUGCCAAAAGUAAGAAGAGAACCUAAAAAUUUAAGUGACAUACGGGGACCUUCCACUGAAGCUACGGAGUUUACAGAAGGCAAUUUUGCAAUCUUGGCAUUGGGUGGUGGCUACCUGCAUUGGGGCCACUUUGAAAUGAUGCGCCUGACAAUCAACCGCUCUAUGGACCCCAAGAACAUGUUUGCCAAAUGGCGAGUACCAGCCCCUUUCAAGCCCAUCACUCGCAAAAGUGUUGGGCAACGCAUGGGGGGAGGCAAAGGUGCCAUUGACCACUACGUGACACCUGUGAAGGCUGGCCGCCUUGUUGUAGAGAUGGGUGGGCGUUGUGAAUUCGAAGAAGUGCAAGGUUUCCUUGACCAGGUUGCCCACAAGUUGCCCUUCGCAGCAAAGGCUGUGAGCCGUGAGACUCUAGAGAAGAUGCGAAAAGAUCAAGAGGAAAGAGAACGUAACAACCAAAACCCCUGGACAUUUGAGCGAAUAGCCACUGCCAACAUGCUGGGCAUACGGAAAGUACUGAGCCCAUAUGACUUGACCCACAAGGGGAAAUACUGGGGCAAGUUCUACAUGCCCAAACGUGUGUAGUGAGUGUAGGAGAUAACUGUAUAUAGGCUAUUGAAAGGAGGAUUCUGCAUUUCUAUUCCCCUCAGCCUACCCACUAAAGUCUUUGGGUAGCUCUUAAGCCAUAACUAAGGAGCAGCAUAUGAGAAGAUGAUUUCUGAAAAACAAUGUUAUUUGUUGAUUUAAAAAGAAAACUGUAUUUUUAUUAAAUAAAAUUUAAACAUCACUUCAGGA